CGGACCGAUUUUCCCGCCCACACGCAGAAUAAUUGCGUCAUUUCUGCCCGGUUUUUCUUGCUAGCGGUUUCUUCACGUGUCUGCCGCCAUCAACUCUUCUACUAAACAUCUUGGAAAACAGUUAAGUUAAUUGACGGUCGCAGUCACACCUGAAGCUGCUCAACAUGGAUGACUGGGAGGAAGAUCAGGGCCCUGUUGUGUCCUGCAGUUCAAGUUUUGGUCUUGGCUCUAGUGGUGCAGAUGGAGGGUUCAAGAGCUUCUAUACAGGAAGUACAGGAAACGGGAAGGCAAACAAUGAAGAUGAAGGCAGCUCAUGGAAGACAACUGCUGGUGAUGGAUUCAGGGGCAGAGGAGGCAGGGGAGGAUCACGAGGAGGAAGAGGUGGCUUCAGAAAUACCUUUAAAUCAGAAAUUGAUGAAAAUGGCAACGAUGAGGGGUGGAAAGAUGGUGAAGGCCAAGGAAGAAGUCGUGGUGGUUUCCGUGGUGGAUUUCGCGGUGGUUUUCGUGGUGGUUUCCGUGAUGGAAGUGAUGAAAAUGGCACCAAUGAGGGUUGGAAAGAUGGUGAAGGCCAAAGAAGAGGUCGCGGUGGUUUUCGCGGUGGUUUCCGUGGUGGUUUUCGUGAUGGUGGUAAUGAAGAUACUGGGAGAAAAAGCUUCGGAAGAGAAAACGAUGAAAAUAACGCAGAUGAGGGUUGGAAAGGAGGUGAAAGCAGAGGAAGAGGUCGUGGAGGUUUCCGCGGAGGUUUCCGUGAUGGUGGUGGGGAUGAAGAGACAGGAAAAAGUGGCUUUGGAAGAGGAGGUUUCAGAGGCCGGAAUGAGGAAGUGUUUUCCAAGGUCUCAACAGGAGGCAAGGUAGAUCAAGAAGCAGGAGAAAGUGCAGGACCCAAGGUUGUCUAUGUGCCGCCUCCCCCUCCAGAAGAGGAGAGUUCCAUAUUUUCCCAUUAUGCCACAGGCAUUAAUUUUGAUAAAUAUGAUGACAUCCUUGUGGAUGUGAGUGGCAGCAAUCCUCCAAAGGCUAUUAUGACUUUUGAUGAAGCAGGACUUUGUGAGUCACUAAGAAAGAAUGUGGUGAAGUCUGGAUAUGUGAAGCCUACACCUGUCCAGAAACAUGGAAUCCCCAUUAUUUCUGCUGGACGAGAUCUAAUGGCUUGUGCCCAGACCGGAUCAGGAAAAACGGCGGCCUUCCUGCUGCCCAUCCUGCAGCGGUUUAUGGCUGAUGGAGUGGCAGCCAGCAAAUUCAGCGAGGUGCAGGAACCCGAGGCCAUAAUCGUGGCACCCACCAGAGAGCUCAUCAAUCAGAUCUAUCUGGAGGCCAGGAAGUUUGCAUAUGGGACCUGUGUGCGUCCUGUGGUGGUUUAUGGAGGUAUAAAUACUGGAUACACUAUUCGAGAGGUGUUAAAGGGCUGCAAUAUUUUGUGUGGGACCCCAGGAAGAUUGCUUGACAUCAUUGGUCGUGGAAAGGUUGGCCUGAGUAAGCUGCGGUAUCUGGUUCUGGAUGAAGCAGACAGAAUGCUAGACAUGGGUUUUGAGCCAGACAUGCGCAAGCUGGUGGGAUCUCCAGGAAUGCCUUCAAAAGAGGAUCGGCAAACCCUCAUGUUCAGUGCCACCUACCCUGAAGAUAUUCAAAGGAUGGCAGCGGACUUUCUGAAAGUGGACUACAUUUUCCUGGCUGUUGGUGUGGUUGGUGGAGCGUGCAGUGACGUGGAGCAAACUAUCGUUCAGGUGGACCAGUACUCAAAGAGAGAUCAGCUGCUUGAAUUGCUCAGGUCUACAGGGAAUGAACGCACAAUGGUCUUUGUUGAAACCAAAAGAAGUGCUGAUUUCAUAGCAACAUUUCUCUGUCAGGAGAAGAUCUCUACUACAAGCAUCCAUGGUGAUCGGGAGCAGCGAGAGCGAGAGAAGGCUCUCAGUGAUUUUCGCACAGGCCAAUGUCCCGUCCUGGUGGCCACGUCUGUGGCUGCCAGAGGCCUGGAUAUUGAGCAUGUCCAGCAUGUUGUAAAUUUCGACCUGCCCAGCAGCAUCGACGAAUACGUCCAUCGGAUUGGAAGAACUGGACGCUGCGGGAACAUCGGUCGGGCCGUGUCCUUUUUUAACCCAGAGUCUGACACUCCAUUAGCUCGCUCUCUGGUCAAAGUUCUGUCAGGGGCCAAACAGGAGGUUCCCAAAUGGCUGGAGGAAAUUGCUUUCAGUGCUCAUGGGACAACAGGCUUCAACCCUCGGGGAAAAGUGUUUGCAUCUACAGACACUCGGAAGGGAGGAUCCUUCAAGACAGAUGAGCCACCACAAGCGUCCGCCCCAAGCCCGGCAGCUGCUGCAGAUGACGAGGAAUGGGAAUAACUGCUCUUACACCUUAUGUUCCAUUAUGUGGAUUUAUUUUUAUUUUUAUAUUUGUGAGUUUAUUCAUUUCUCCAGCAUGUUUGUUAAAAUGUUGAUCGAUUAAGGUAGCAUUACGGAAAAGCUGUUGCAUUUAAAAAAAAAAAAAAAAAAAAAGGAAAAA